GCCUAUCGAAUUUGAGAAUCAGAUGGAAACAAAAAAUACCUCUAGACUAAAUGAUGAUAGUUCCGACGAACUUUUUGAGAACACCAAUCGAAUGGCAAUUAUAGACGACGAUGAUAAAUCUUCAAGUGAACUUGAUGAAAAUUAA